AAAGGGACAAAACGAAUGAUGGCAUCGUUGUUCUAGCUAUCUUCCUUUUUAUAUGCUCAUUUCUUUCUCUCUCAGUUUGUCCCUAGCCCUCUCUGUUUCUCUUUCUCUUCCUCUCUUUUCUUCCCCCUCUUUCCUCCGCCACUCCUUUCAUUACUUCCAUUUCUCAUUCUCUCGCUUGCCUUUUCCCCCCUUCAAAAUCGUAUCGCGAAACAUCGAGCCAUCGUCCUUGCGUAUGUGGAUAGUUGUAUUUGAAGCUCCGGGGAAUUUACGUGUCAUGCCCCACUACUCCAACUUUUCACGGAUUUUCACAUUGUGCAAGGAUAUUAGUGUAUAAGAAGUUGCAAGUACAGUCAAUUACAUAGUACCAAGGCAUUGUGGAGACUUUGCACGAUUUACAAAUAAAAAAAUCUUCGUAAUUUACUAUAUUGUGUGAUAAAACUAGAAACAAAAAUGUCAGUAUUGAAUCAAAGUGGGGAAGAUGCAGUGGAAUGUCCUUUGUGUAUGGAACCACUGGAAGUGGAUGAUUUGAACUUCUUUCCAUGCACUUGUGGAUAUCAAAUAUGUCGAUUUUGCUGGCACAGAAUUCGUACAGAUGAAAAUGGUUUAUGCCCUGCCUGUCGGAAGGCCUAUUCUGAAAAUCCUGCCGAUUUUAAACCACUUAGUAUGGAAGAAAUAGCAAGAUUAAAAGCAGAAAAAAGAUUAAAAGAUCAGCAACGUAAGCAAAGGGUUACAGAAAAUCGUAAACAUCUAGCAAAUGUGAGAGUAGUACAAAAAAAUCUAGUAUUUGUAGUAGGAUUACCCUUGAGACUUGCGGAUGCUGAUAUACUAAAACGGCAUGAAUAUUUUGGAAAAUUUGGCAAAAUUCACAAAGUUGUAAUAAAUCAAAGCACUUCCUACGCAGGGUCUCAAGGUCCUAGUGCUUCGGCUUACGUUACUUAUCAACGUCAAGAGGAUGCACUACGUGCUAUAGAGGCUGUGAAUAAUGUUGUCAUGGACGGGCGAACAAUUAAAACGUCAUUAGGAACAACAAAGUAUUGUUCACAUUUUAUGCGUAAUCAGCCUUGUCCAAAACCGGAUUGUAUGUAUUUACAUGAUCUUGGGGACCAGGAGGCAUCAUUUACGAAGGAAGAGAUGCAUCAAGGCAAACAUCAAGAAUAUGAACGAAAACUUGUGCAAUCGUUACACGCAUCACAUGCAUCUGCACAACGAAAACCAAUACCAUCACCAUCAGUGACAGGCAGUAUUGUUAGAGAGAAUGGAACUUCAAAUUCUCAAGCCAAAGAAGCUUGGCCAUCGUUGCAAACUGGACAGACAAAUAGUUCACAAACAAAUUGUAAAGAAUUAUCACCGCCAUCACAAGCAAUAUUACAACAAAACAACAUCACAAAUGGAAGUGGUACAACAAAUCAACAAAGUCAUGUAUCAUCUGGUGGUUCAACGCAACAACAAAACAAUAAUAAUAAAGGUGAAAAUAUGAAUAUACGGAGAGGGAAAAGUAAUAGUGAAAGUAAAGCUCAGGCAGCGCGGAAUAAACAUAAAAAUUGUCAGAACAAAGAAAAACAUAGUACACGGAUAACUUCUCGAUCAGAAUCUAGUUCUAUUGGUACGCAAAAUAAUGUACAAUCACAAAUUAAUGGACAAAAGGAUAUUAGAAAUUUUUCCUCCGAAUCGAAUAGUGAUGUAUUACAAAAAUUGGGUAGUAAGUGUAAGUCGGAACAACAACAAUCACAACCGCAACAUCCGCAGCAGCCAUCGUCUCAACAACAAUCACAACAACAACAACAACAACAAAAUAAUAAUAAAGGAUCCAAAUCAGUUCAACAACAGCAACAGCAACAAUCUCAAGAACUUAAAGUAAAUGGAAUAGUGCAAAAUGGAGAGCGUCGACAUUCGGAUAGCGAGACAGAUCAACAACGUGAAGGUAGUACACCAGCUAGUACAAUUUCAAGUACGGAAGAUUCGAACGUGAAUCAUCAAGUGGAACAUUUAGCAGAAUCAAGUGAGGAGAACAGUGGUGCUGCUAUUUUGGGUUCCUCUCCAGCUAGCACAAACUCAUCACAAGGUGCCAAUCAACAACCACCACCAGGACUGCAUAAUGGGUCUCAAAUACAAUUCAAUCAUCGAUCAAUCUUUCAGACGGACAAUAAUAGUUUCUUCAGUUCAAAUACUUUUCAAAAAAUUUCUACUACCACAGUGCCACCUACUUCUUUAACAGCAAAUCCAAAUCUGAAUUGGACAAGUACAGGCUUAACUUCUAUUCCUGAUUCAUUAAGAAUGGUUCAGUCUAGUGAAGAUUGGCAAACAGCUUUUGGUUUUCAACCUGAAACUACACAAACAAAUCAUGUUAUACAAAAAUCCAGUCCUUCUAGUUCACCAGGAGUAACAUUCAAUUCAGAAGGUUUUGUUGAUGAAGAAGUUUAUACUAAUCUACAAUAUACUUCUUUAUCAGAACCUUCUGGUACUUUUACAUCAAGUUUGCUUGUUAAUUCUCCUGCAUCUAAAUUCAUGGCAGAUUUUCAACAAAACUCAUUACAACAAAGGCUUGCUAUGCAGGCACAACAAAAUCAAGAGAAUUGUGAAUAUAUAAAACAAAAUGGUCAUGCUACUUUGGAAGAAGUUCGAAAUCAUAAAGAAUCUGGUUCAGAUUUAAAGGCAGAUGAUGAUUUAGGUUUUGAUCCUUUUCAUGAAACACAGAAAGCUUUGGCAGAACUUAUGGAAAACGAAAUGCAAAUUCAACAACAGAGGUUGUUUCAACAACAACAACAAAGAGAAAGAGAAGAACAAAAUAGGGUACAACAUCAACAGAAUAUUGCAAAUCUUGGUCAACAACAUUUUCCACAGGUUGCCCAUAUAGCACAUUUACAACAACAGGCUCAACAUCUACAAAAUUUACAAGUUAUUCAACAGUCGCAUUCCUUGCUGUCUCGUCUUCCACAAAAUUUAUUACAAAGUGGUACGCAAACUCCCCCUCAGAGUACUGUGGCUGCUGCUAGCUUGGGACAACGUAGUCGCCUUCCACCACCAGGUUUCCCUGGUUCUACACCAAAUCACAUGAAUUCUUUUGGUCUUGGCAUACCGCGACCAGCUCCCACGAACAAUGCUCUUUCGGGAGCACAACCACCACAACAAAAUGCCUAUCUUCCAAAUGGAAACCCCCUUUUGAAUUCACAAGGUAUUAGUAAAUGUGCGGGAGAUGCAGUAUAUACGCUUAAAGAUUGGUGUGAUAUUAAUAAUCAACAACAACAACAACAAUUUCAUCAUCAAGCAUUACAUCAAAAAGGUGGAUGGAACAAUUUUGGACCUAUUGCAGAUUGGACUUCGAUUGAUCCAGCUAUUGUUAGUUCUUCUAGGCCUCUUCCAUUCCAAACUACUAGUACAUGGCAAUUUCCACAUGUUCAUCCUACACAUACUGUAUCACAUAAUGCGCAACAGGAACAACAGAACGCACCAACUCAACAUUGGGCAAUGCAACCACCACCAGGUUUUGCUGCACCAGCAACUACAGGACAAUUAAGUAAUCAACAACCAAGCACAACUGCACAGCCGCACACUAAACUUAUCUCUGCAGGAUCAGAAAUCGAAAAUCUAUAAAUAAGUAUGAAUACGCGAAGUAUACAAGUGGCAGAUAAAACAUCCAUGUGAGACAAGAUGAAAGUCAACAAUGACCCAAAAAACCGACAGUCUGUUACGUACGUUUUCCUGACCCGUGUCUAUAUCUUUCAUUUAAUUUUAUUCCGAUACUUUAUUCUCAUUAGAUGAGUAUUUAUCGUUGAAAAUGAGUAUUGCAAAAAAUACUGAAUAUAAUUUAAUGGAUACUUUCGAAUAUAUGCGACGAAUAUACUCCUAUAUAUGUUCUCAAUAAUAUUCUCAUAUUUAACCUAUAGUAAAUUUGAACUAUUUACAAGUCUGGCAAUUUUACUAUGAUUAAGUUUAUGUAGAUCGAGAUGAUACAGGUGUCAAAGGCAAUGAUCAUGAUUUAAUAAUUAACACAUUAAAUAAGAAACUUACAAUGAUAAUUAUACUAAACUAAAAUUUUUGUGUAUAUAUUACUCGGAUCCCCCAAGUAAACUAUAUUCGAACGAACAUAAGAAAGCUUUUUUGUGUAAAUAACAUUUUCAAAAUGAUAUAUAUCGCGAGUAAAAAUUUAACAUGACAAAAAUUCGUAAACAAUUAUUUUCUUUUGUACUUAUAAUUUUUUUUUUUAAAUUUCAAAUAGGAAAUUAUGUUACAAAAGAAAAAUCAAUUGACACUUAAAGCGUGUUUUUAUUUAAAAUAUAGUGGCGUAUUACAUUUAUACUAUAAAGUGCUUAUGUACUGGCAACAUUAGAACAAAUUUUUUAACAGAAUAUUACUAUUUGUCUGUUCUAGACAAAAGAUUUCUGUUAUAUAUGUAUUAUAAAUAUGUAUUAUUAUUGUGAAAAUGCGCAGAUAGAUAUAUGCUAAUAAAAAAAACUAAAAUGUAAAAAAUCAUAAGAAAAUCAAUUGUUGUUUUUUUUUCUUUUUUUCAAAAAGAAUUUAUAAUUUAAAAUCAUAGUUAAAAAUAAUUAGUUCCUGAAAUUUGAGUCAUGAUUAUCAUCUUGAAAUUCACAAUUAUAAUUAAUAUGUAAUUUAUGAUCUUUUAAUUUUAUCAUUGAAUUAAUAAAUAUUAUCGUAUAAUAUCAACAUUAAUCAGUCUGACAAGUAUUUUGCAAAUAUUCUUUUAUGCUUAUUUAAUUUAAAAAUACAAGAAAGUUAAGAGUUAUUUGUUUUAUUAAUAUAAAAUAUCGAAUAUACAAAAUGUAAAAAUAAAUUAUAAAAAAUAUACAAAAAACGAACUAUGAUAUUAUGGUGCUUUAAAAAAAAAUUAAAUGUAAAAAAUUCUUUAAUGUUCUUUAGAAUCAUCAAAGUUUAUGCCAGACAAAUAUAUAAUUUAUAGUAUAUACUUCGUCGCAUUUGUAUAAUCAUCCAACAGCAUUUUUAAAUCAAUUAAAUUGAUUUAGGAAUUGAAAUCAGAAGAAUCGAUAGUAUUCAGGCACAUACAUAGGAUUCAGGAAACGACGAGCAACUGUCGAAAUGAUGAAUAUAAAUAAGUCAACGUAUCCGAAUUUCGAAUACGUACGAAACGAUUACGAUAUAUAACAAAAUAUAUCUGAAUGAUAGUACUAUAAUACAAAGUGUUAUCGUCGAAUGAUUAAAUUUUUGUGGCAGAUUGUUAAACAUAUCUGCUAAUUCAAAAUGAUUAAAGAAAACAUGAUACAUAUACAAGAGAAUGAUUGAGAUAAAGAUAUAAUUAUAACAAAUUUAAUUGAAUUAAGGUAAUCGAGAAAUAUACGACAUGCGCAAGAAA